GUUAACCAAGCAAAUGUUUUUAAGGUUUGUGACCAGCCACAUCCACUGCAAUGUGAAAAAUAUGUACGUAAUGUGAUUGAAGGGAACUUUGAUGAAUGCUUGUUCGGGCCUCAAGCACUAUAUGAUUUAGGAUAUUCUCCCACUGAUAUCAUCACGACCCUUUUUCGUAUCAUAAAAACUAAUGAUAUGGCUGAGUAAUCUGAAAUUGGAAUUCAUGAAGAAACUGGGUUUGCUCAUAUGAGAAUUUGUGAUGGUGUAUCUUAUCUUCAAUUGUGUGGUUUAUUAGCUAAGCUUUCCCUAGUUCGAGAGACGGCUAAAGCUGUAUGAGCUGGUCUUGAGUGCAAGUGAGUUGUCACUGUUUUCACAUUUUCGAUAGUGUAAAAUGUUCUAAUGAUGUAGCUAUAUUUUCUUAUGUUCAGAUGCCCAUUGAUACAUCAAUGCUUCGCCUUCUUUAACUACGUUGUUUUUAGCUUGGAUGAACUGGGUCACUUUUGAACA